UGAUUCUACGACUAUCCAAUCAAGCAUGGAUUACCAACAAGCUUGCGUGACGACAGGCGCCUGUCACCAGCCUGUAUAUGCACAUCACAAUCAAGGGUACACGCAUACACAUCCUGUGUGGACGGCUGUGCCACAGUAUCCCUAUGGUUAUGAGCAGCACACGCUGGUUCCGCCAGUAGGCAACACCUACGUUCAGGCUCCGAUCAUGACUCCAGACCACACUACACCAGCUGAACCGGUAGCUGUCGACGGCCACCGCGGGUAUGCAACAGUGCCACCAGGACAGCCAUUGAUGUAUCGUAAUGGUGUCGAAGCCAACUAUGGGCAACCUACCUCUCCAAUCGAGUUCAACGUUGAUGAACUCCUGGAGUAUCAAAGACGACGCAGCAGUGCCACGUCCGAGGAAAAGGAACCCCUGACACCAGCACAGCGAAGGCGAAAGGCACAGAAUCGGGCCGCUCAACGAGCAUUCCGUGAUCGCAAGCGCCAGAGAGUACAAGAACUAGAGGCUCAAUUGUCGGCUCUAGAAGUGAGAACCAAUUCCCUGGAGUCAGACAACGAGAGGUUGAAACAUGAGCUACUCCGGACACGGGAAGAAAACGAGAUCUUGCGAAGGGUCAAUCAACCCCUAUCGCCGAGUAACACAUUGCAGCCUGCUCGACGCAUGACAGCAACGAAGAUAGACGGAGUAGGUCUGAACCUACCAGCGCAA